UAAACAAAUUCUUGUGAUGGAUCAUAGACUCAGACUCAUUUCAUUAUCCACCCUCAAGCCUUUCGUUGUGCCAGAUGACGACAAGUGGGGACUCUGCCGGUCCAUAGACCGAUUCGAAAUCCUCAACACAAUCGGAGAAGGAGCCUACGGGGUGGUCUACAGGGCUAUAAACAGACGUUCCAGAGAAAUAUUCGCCCUCAAACGAGUCAAAAUGAACCCAGGAAAACAGUCCGUGGUGGGAAUCCCCGUCACAGCUCUCCGUGAAAUCAACAUCCUCCUAAACCUCCAACAUGAGCAUUUGGUCAACUUUAAAGAAGUCUUUGUGGACAAGGACCUGUCCUCCAUUUACCUGGCCAUGGAAUUUUGUGAUCACGACUUGGCCUCGAUUUGUGACAAUUUAAGUCGGCCAUUCGACGAGGCUCAAGUCAAAUGUGUGUUUCUUCAGAUAAUGAAUAGACAUCCACAUAUCCUGAGACUCUACCAAUUCUUUCACGAAAAGGACAAAAUAUUUCUCGUACUCGAAUAUGCCCCCCAUGGAGAGCUCUUUGAUUUGCUACAGAGAAGAAAACGACUAAAUAACGCGUCAAGUGCCACAAUCGUCUGUCAAAUUAUCUCUGCUCUCCAAUACUGCCACAAACGAGGAGUGAUCCACCGAGAUAUUAAGCCUGAGAACAUUCUUUUAGGAAUUGACUACAGUGCUAAACUGGCAGACUUUGGUUGGUCUGUCCACUCUCCUAACAAUUUGUAUUUAUUCCGUUUUUUAUGUUUAGGAGAACUACACUUUGUGGGACUCCUGAUUAUAUGGCACCGGAAAUAG